GCCGACACUUCGAGAUUGAUCUUUCAGCUUUCUCAUACUAUUACACCGUGCGCAGGAUUUGCUCCGCUCCCGACGGAGAAAAGCGUCGCUUCGGCUCUUCGCUGUAGGGCAACCUCGUGGAGAAGCCGAUGCCAGAGUCGGAGGACGGCCGAAAAGUCAUGAAGGCCGACGAAGAAAGCACAUCGAAGCUGGAUAAGUCAUCAAGCAAAACUGGGGCUUGGCAGUGUAGCAUCUGCACAUACGAGAAUGAUCAAUAUUUAGUAUCUUGUGAUGUAUGUGGAGUUUUUCGGGAUUUCCCUGGAAAAUCUGGCAGUAGAGAUGAAGAGAAUGUUAAUGGCACAAGCAAGAAAUCUGAAGUAUCUCCACUGGGCAGAUCACUUUUUGAUCGACCACCUAAUAGCAUGCCUAAGGUAGCUGGUGGCUUUCUUUGCAAUGAAGCUGGCAAAUCGUGUGGGGCAAGACUCAUUUCUGCUCAACUCGGUGAUCUCCAUAAAAUGUUUCUGGCUCCAUCUCUCAGUCAAACCAAGAAUAUAGAACCUUUCAGGUUUGAUGCACCAUCUCCGGAUGAUAUAGUUUCUUCUGGGAAGAGCUCAAGAACUUUUCCCAAGGUUAACACUAUGCCUUCAACAUCUGUUAAGAUUUCACAUGAUAAGCCUGGGAAAAAGGGCCUUGUAGAGGUUCUACAAGAUAAUGAAGUUCCGGAGAGUUUUCCUCCCUCAUCUUUGCCCAAUAAUCAUAAUGAGUUUGAAAACGACAAUCCCAGCAGCUUUGAAGAUGAACCACAUAUGUUAGCUAACAAUGUACAAAGCCUGAAGUUGGAGAAGCACUCUCCAAAGAGUAGGAAUGUAAAAGCAAAAUCAAAUGCUGAGUACAAACCAGAGGAGUGGAUGUUUCCUGAUAAAGAAGGAACCCUAAGCCAGUUAAAUCUUGCAAUUGUUGGUCAUGUUGAUUCAGGGAAAUCCACGUUGUCUGGGAGGUUUCUACAUCUUUUGGGGCAAAUUUCUAAUAAACAAAUGCAUAGAUAUGAGAGAGAAGCAAAGCAAAAGGGGAAAGGAUCAUUUGCUUAUGCAUGGGCAUUGGAUGAGAGCGUUGAGGAGAGGGAGAGGGGCAUAACAAUGACGGUGGCUGUUGCAUACUUCUUAACAAAAAAAUAUCGUGUCGUUUUACUUGACUCACCAGGUCACAGAGAUUUUGUUCCAAACAUGAUAUCUGGUUCAACACAGGCAGAUGCGGCUGUUUUGGUUAUAGAUGCCUCUGUAGGUGCUUUUGAAGCAGGUAUGGGUGGUAAAAGUGUUGGACAGACGAAGGAACAUGCACAACUUAUUAGGAGCUUUGGUGUUGAACAACUUAUUGUCGCUGUUAACAAGAUGGAUCAAGUGGACUUCUCCAAAGAUCGGUUUGAUUAUAUUAAAUUGCAACUAGGACAUUUCUUACGCACCUGUGGAUUCAAGGAAUCACUUGUGACAUGGAUUCCCCUGAGUGCCUUGGACAAUCAAAAUUUGCUUACAACUGCUUCUGACAUUCACUUAUCUUGUUGGUAUCAAGGAUAUUGUCUUUUGGAUGCCAUUGACUCUUUACAAUCUCCUCACCGGGAUGUUUUGAAGCCAUUUCUUCUGCCUAUAUGUGAUGUUAUUUCUAAAUAUUCAUCAGGACAAGUGACAGCUUGUGGAAAGAUAGAAACUGGAGCUAUUCGAAUUGGUUCUAAGGUUCUAGUUAUGCCAUCAGGAGAUCCAGCUGUAGUACGAAACAUAGAAAGGGAUUCUUCUACUUGCAAUGUUGCAAGAGCUGGUGACAAUGUGGUCGCCAGUUUGCAUGGUGUUGAUCAAGGUCAAGUGAUUCAAGGUGGAGUACUAUGCCACCCAGAUUUCCCUGUUACCAUUGCAUCGAGUUUAGAAUUGAAGAUUCUCAUCCUCGACAUUGCAACACCAAUUAUCAUUGGAUCUCAGGUUGAGCUCCAUAUACAUCACGCAAAGCAGGCUGCAAAGGUGGUAAAAGUAUUGUCCUUGAUAGAUCCGAAAACAGGAAGUGCCGCUAAGAAGUCACCACGUAUGCUUGUAGCCAGACAAAGAGCUAUUGUAGAGGUGGCACUAGAAGGAGAGAUAUGUGUAGAAGAAUUCUCAAAUUGUCGGGCUCUUGGAAGGGUCUUCCUACGAGCUUUAGGAAGUACGAUUGCUGUUGGCAUUGUGACUCGCAUUCUCCAAGAAGCAUGAUGUUCAAGUUUCUUCAAAUGAGUCAUAUUUUGCUGCAGCCUAUGGGAUACUUUAUCGAAUGGUUGUGAGGCAUUGCUGUCGAUUAAUGAUCGAACUCGGAAGACUGUCGGAGGCAACCCUGACACAACUUAAGGGCUAAGAGGAGACCCUAUGUUUUGUUCCAUCUUCUGACAGAUAGCAAAUCAUUAAACCGAUACAUUGAUCCAAGUGAUCUUGACAGAUCUCUCAUACUUGCCUGUCAUUGCAACAGCAUUCACAGGGUACCUCAAUUUCAUCUUCCUUGUCUACUUCCUUUAUGAAGGACAAGCUGGUUGAGCACCGAACAUAAGGCACAAAUACAGAUGACCUGAAGAUUUUUAGAUUUUUCUCAAGGGAGAAGAAUGAUUACCAGAGAGGAAACUGAUAAAAGAUAUGAAGCAAUAUCCACUGGUAGGUCUCGUCUUUGGAUCUGCUGUGCAUGGGAACUCUCUCAGACUGACGAUGAGCAACUGUGAUGCAAAUCUGCAAGUACGGGAAGGGGACAGGUACCAAUGAGAAUCUUAUUGGACAUUCUAUUUCACUUCUGCUGUAAACUUUAAUUGUUGCAUCGCCCUGUUGAUCAUCGUGCAUAUGUAGCCUCACCCUGUUGAUCGAAGUCAUUGGCAGGACAGAUAUCUCCUUUUAUUAGGACUCUGA